GUAAAGUCUGCUGUAGCAACAGGCCCUAGCAACGGCGGGACUCCUCUGCUGAGACAGCCCGAAGCAAUGGCAGGUGGCUCAGGAACUCUGACAUGGCUACAGAAAGCCCGAAAUCACAUUGAGAACUCACAGGAAUGGCGAGACUUCACGGCGCGGUUAUGUGAUGCUGCCCAGCAGCAGAUGACGGAGAGCCACGUCCAUUUCUUCACCGACCUCUCUGCGGCAGAGAAGGCUUUCGUCCUACAGCGAGCUGCCAAGGCCAUCCAAGGAGGAGACCCGUAUAAUCCCCUGAUGUCUCAAGUUAGCACUUGCCUAGAGGAGCAGCUGUAUAUUCAAGUUGCUCAUGAACUGCAAGAUGGUGAUCGUCUGAAAAACAAGUCAGCCCUGGUUCUGAGUCACAUCAAGAAUGGAGUGAUGCAUUUGCUGGAGGAAAGGCCAGCUCUGAAGGGGAAAUUACAAGCUUUUUUCAACCAGCCCCUCCCUGCAGACUUGAGAAGGCUCACCUGGAGGCUGUACCUGUCUAAUACCAAAGCACGUAUGGAGUAUCUGUCCCAAGUAGCAAUGAAUAAAGCUAAAUCCCCAAAGGACCGGGAGAUUUUCCUGAGGUCUCAGGCUCUGUUGUCCACCGAACCCACUUUCCAGCACCUGAAAAAUAACAAAGUUGCAGCACGAGCCCUGAGGAACAUUCUCUCUUAUUACCAUAAGCUUCAAGGCACAGCCAUGAAUCUGCCCGACACAGACUAUUUUUUACUGGUGCCUCUGCUGCAAGUCGUCCUAGACGCUGCUGCCCCCAGCCUAUCUUUGGACUCCAUUUCUGCUGUUCUGGCUGAAGAGUUUAUCACGUUCAUGAACCUUCGACCUCAGUUAAUGAGGCUCUCCUCCACCAAGGAUCCCGCCAGUGCCAGUAUAUUGGAGGAAGCAACCUCAAUGUUAGAGCAAAAGGACAGGGACCUGGCCAACAUCAUUCGAGGCAUUUACAGUCAGACAGCAGAGAAGCCUCAGGAACCCCUGCGGAGGGCACUGCAGCACAUGCUCCAACCAGCCAUCAGUACCGUCUUUGUGGGCUACCUGACCAUGGAUACACUGCUUUAUGUCUGGGACCAGGUAAUCAUUGGACUUGAUCAGCCAUCAUAUAACUGCCUCCCUGCAUUCAGCACAGCCUUCAUCUUAUUGCUUCGGGACUAUCUGAAGACAUGUCAGUCGCCAGGCCAGAUGGAAGCAGCUCUAAGGACUCAAGGGCCAAAUUUGUCUGUGCAAGAAUUUCAAGACGUGAUCAGAAAACACUUCUUCAGAGAACUGUCCAGCCAGCUACACGGAGAUGACAGUGACCCCUUCCCAGUCCAUGAUCCCACACAAGCUUUGCCUCCCUGGAGCUACUUGUGCAGAGUACCAGUACCUCCAAGAACCAGAGCUCAGGACAGAAGACAAGCAAGAGCGGAGCGUGAGAUGCUUCAAAGGCAGCACAUGGAGAGACUGAAACAGGAAGAAAGGUUGCAAAGGUUUAGAGAAGAGGAACAAAAGAGGCAACAAGAGGGCAGACUACUACAGCUUCUGGAAGAGACUAAAGGAACCUUUGAAGCACAAAGGGUCUAUCUGGAAGAACAACUAUCACAGGAGAAACAAUUGCGCUAUGAAAUACAGAGGAAGGCAGAGGCACAGAUCAAUGGGCUGCAAGCUGAAAUCAAAAGACUCAUGGAGAAGAGGCCUCAUAGCACCUGCACCUUCGCUGCAGUCCCUGACUCCAUCUCAGAUGUUGCCUCCUCAACCUUCCCCAGUACAACCACCACCUCCUACAGCUUUGAAGGACUGGGGCUGCCUUUGAAAUCAGUCAAACUUGCUCUUCAGUAUCCCAGAGGAGUUAACUAUGUUACAGAUGGUACAAACAGGACCAGGGAAAUUCAUGGCAAAACAGCAAAAACCAUAACUCUGGAUCUACUUGAACAGCUAAUGCAGGCUGCAAACACAAUUGCUAAUGGGAGCAAUGCAGCCGAGCAGGACUCUUUGAAUGCAGCUACCAAAGAACAUCUUCGGAACUAUAACCAAGACUGCAAAAAUGCAGAGAUUGAAGUAUUUGGGCACCAGAUAAACACAGAAGACAGAGAAAAAAUUCCAGAACCCAAAAGACAACUACAGGAAAAAUUAACUGCAGCUAUCAGAAGACAUGCAGAGGCCCGUUACAAAGCCCAGUUUGCAGCAAGGAGGAUGUUAUCAGAGCCUGAUUAUAUGGGUGGAAUGCUCUGUACCUCAGGGGAACACCCAGCACCCCCAUGUUCAUCCUUGUAAAAUGAUUGUGUGGUAUCCAAUGCAAGUUUGUCACAUUGGGUGUCUUCAGAAGGCUCAUGAUGCACUGAGCAUUGUUG